GUCCAGAGGCAAAAGGAAGGGUGCAGGCACAGCCGCUGAGAGGAGAUCGAGAGACAGGGGGUGCACUUGACAACCAGCAUGCAGAGAUGUCAGAAGAGGCAGAAGUGGAUGUGAGAGACAGACACACACAGAGACACAGAGAGCGAAAGAGGGCAAGAGACUUGACUUUAAGAGACUCCUGCACUGACAACUCCAUGCAGUUCGGAACAAGAACGGCAGCGACCGACUCUGGUUUCAUGGGGACAUGGCAGAACACUGACACUAACCUCUUAUUCAGAAUGUCCCAACAGGCCAUCCGCUGUACACUGGUGAAUUGCACAUGUGAAUGUUUUCAGCCAGGGAAGAUUAACCUGAGAACCUGUGAUCAGUGUAAACAUGGCUGGGUGGCACAUGCCUUGGACAAGCUUAGUACUCAGCACCUCUACCACCCAACCCAAGUGGAGAUUGUGCAGUCCAACGUUGUGUUUGACAUCAGCAGCCUGAUGCUCUACGGUACUCAGGCUGUGCCUGUGAGACUGAAGAUACUACUUGACCGACUCUUCAGUGUACUGAAGCAAGAGGAGGUGUUGCAUAUUCUACAUGGCUUAGGCUGGACACUUCGAGACUAUGUUCGAGGAUACAUCCUUCAGGAUGCUGCAGGCAAGGUGCUGGACCGCUGGGCCAUCAUGUCCAGGGAAGAAGAGAUCAUUACCCUUCAACAGUUCCUGAGAUUUGGAGAAACCAAAUCCAUUGUGGAGCUGAUGGCAAUUCAAGAAAAAGAAGGGCAGGCUGUGGCUGUGCCAUCUUCAAAGACAGAUUCAGAUAUAAGGACUUUUAUUGAAAGCAAUAAUCGCACCAGGAGCCCAAGUCUCCUUGCUCACCUGGAGAACAGCAAUCCUUCCAGUAUUCAUCAUUUUGAAAACAUCCCAAAUAGCCUUGCAUUCCUGCUUCCAUUCCAGUACAUAAAUCCAGUCUCUGCUCCGCUGCUGGGGCUGCCUCCAAAUGGCCUCCUGCUGGAACAGCCAGCAAUGAGGCUCCGUGAACCAAACCUUACAACCCAAAAUGAAUAUAAUGAGAGCAGUGAAUCUGAAGUUUCCCCUACACCUUUCAAGAAUGAGCAAACAUCCAGCAGGAAUGCUUUGACCAGCAUCACAAAUGUUGAGCCUAAAACUGAGCCAGCCUGCAUCUCUCCUGUUCAGACACCUACUCCUGUCAAUGAUUUAUCAAAACCAGAACACACUAAAAGCUCGUUCCGUAUUCACAGAAUGAGGAGAAUGGGGUCGGCCUCUAGGAAAGGAAGAGUAUUUUGCAAUGCAUGUGGCAAAACUUUUUAUGACAAAGGUACACUUAAAAUCCACUACAAUGCCGUUCACCUGAAAAUCAAGCACCGGUGCACUAUUGAGGGCUGCAACAUGGUCUUCAGCUCUCUCAGAAGCCGCAAUCGCCACAGUGCUAACCCCAAUCCCCGCCUCCACAUGCCUAUGUUAAGGAACAACCGUGACAAGGAUCUAAUUCGUGCUACAUCAGGUGCCGCCACUCCAGUCAUAGCAAGUACAAAAUCCAACCUAACUUUAACAAGUCCUGGGCGUCCACCAAUGGGGUUUACCACUCCUCCUCUAGAUCCUGUACUACAGAACCCUCUUCCCAGUCAGCUCGUGUUCCCGGCUUUAAAGACUGUCCAACCUGUUCCUCCUUUUUACAGAAAUUUACUUACUCCUGGAGAGAUGGUGAGUCCUCCAACCUCGCUCCCUACCAGUCCAAUAAUACCAGCAGUGAGUGGCAUGGAGCAUCCUCCUCCUCCUCCUUCAGAGUCAUCUGUACCUUCAGUGCUGAUGCCCACUCCAGAGUCUAAUGCUGACCUUGCCCCCAAGAAGAAGCCAAGGAAGUCUAGCAUGCCAGUUAAAAUUGAAAAGGAAGUUAUCGAUACUGCUGAUGAGUUUGAUGAUGAAGAGGAAGAGGUGAAUGACAGCAGCACGAUGGUGAAUGACAUUGGUCAUGACAAUCACUGCCAUUCUCAGGAGGAAAUGAGCCCAGGCCUGUCUGUGAAAGACUUUUCCAAAAGUGACAGAAGCAGAUGCAUUUCUAGACCAGACAUAAGAAGGGCAGACAGCAUGACAUCAGAAGACCAGGAGCAUGAAAGAGACUAUGAAAAUGAGUCAGAGUCAUCAGAGCCCAAAUUGUGUGAGGAAUCCAUGGAAGGUGAUGAUCGCCUCCAUGAACCUGGUGAAAAAUCUAUGAUGCACAGUGACAGACCAGAUGAAAACCACGACUCUUCCAACCAGGAUGUCAUUAAGGUGAAGGAAGAGUAUACAGACCCUACAUAUGAUAUGUUCUACAUGAGCCAAUAUGGACUGUACAAUGGAGGCAGUGCCAGUAUGGCUGCCCUUCAUGAAAGUUUCGCUUCUACAUUCAACUACAGCAGCCCUCAGAAGUUCUCCCCAGAAGGUGAAAUGUGCUCCAGCCCAGACCCCAAGAUCUGCUAUGUGUGCAAGAAAAGUUUCAAGAGUUCCUACAGUGUGAAGCUUCACUACAGAAAUGUUCAUUUAAAAGAGAUGCAUGUCUGCACAGUGGCUGGCUGUAAUGCUGCGUUCCCGUCACGGAGAAGCAGAGACAGGUCAGUAAAUAUUAAUUGA